AUUGACGCUUUAUAUUUUAUUCUCCGGGAUUGUGAAAUGUCGGCAGUGAAAAAAUCGCAUAAUAUUCAUGAAAGCACGUAGUUUCAGUGUCGUUUGAAGUUUCCUUUCAUUGUUCACUUCCUUUUUAUAUAUUUUGUUUUAAUUUUCUGUACUAGUAUGCCUUCAGCUAUUUGUGUACCGCAAAGUUGUAGAUACUACAAUCAAUAAUUUCCCUCUUCAAGAAGGGGGAAAUAUAAGAAAAACAUCCGGAAUCGGUUAGUAAACAAUGGAACACAGCUAUUCGCGAGACGUACGCCCCAUGGAAAGCAGCCAGACGGCCACGACGCGGACACUGAUGGUGCACCGCCCACCGCAGUGUCCUUCAUGCCACACACACCCACACGAUGAACGAAUUGACCUCGAGGAAUCGUACAAUCCUCCGAUUCCGUCUUAUAACGAGGAAAGUGCCAAGAUUGCAAUGCAAGAGAGCGAAAACGUGACAAAGCAAAUCCGCAAUCUCAACUCAGAGGAUGUCGACUGGGAGGAAAAAAUCAGCAAAAUUGGUUGGUCCGUCCAGCAAAUUCGCUUGUUCAGUAAGGUUAGUAAACUGCUGGAUAUGGAUCGGCUGGCACGAUUAACCAUAGCGGACAAACAACACGAGCCAGUACAUCGACGAAUGGUAAUUGACAAAUCCGUCGGCCGGUUGCGUCAAGCGCUGGCGGGUGUUGCGUGGGACCCCCGUUUGACACAGUGGCUUCAUGGAUUGUUGAUGGAAAGCUUACCACCUAGCUAUUUAGCAGCAUACGUAGACAUACUUCAGACGCUUAAAGCCAAGCUUCCGAAUUUGGUCGACAAAAUGGUUUUUGGCAGACCACUGAACAUUAACCAGGAGCUUUUGGGUCCAGUCCUGAAGAAACCGUGGGAGCCUGUUGUAGCACAUAAGAACCGAAAGCUUCCAGGACAACCAUACAUCGUGGUUGUGCCUUCAGGGCCGAACAUGACAGCGCCAAGCACUCGGCUGCAAAAAUGGUUUUCCCUGUUUGCCACAAUGGCCUCGGUUAUACCGAUUACGAUGCCUACUCAUAGUGCUCUGGCCAAUCACACGAUUCAGAGUGUAUCGGAACAAAUGGUGGCGAUAACACGAACCAAAAUUCAGGAUGUUCGCCAGGAAGCGCCCAAUCGACCGAUUAUUUUGGUUGGUUUUAACGCCGGAGCAGCGCUGGCAAUUCAGAUUGGUUUAGUUGAAACUGUGAGUUGUAUUGUUUGUUUGGGAUUUGCCUAUAACACCGUCAACGGUCCUCGAGGAGCGCAAGAUGAUCAUAUUACAGACAUUACCGCACCAGUGUUAUUUGUGAUUGGGCAGUUUUCAGCCAGAACUAGCCAGGAGGAAAUUGAAUUUUUGCGCGAAAAAAUGGUCGCGCAAACGUCUUUGGUAGUGGUUGGUUCGGCAGACGAUUGCUUGCGUGUAUGUAAGUCGAAGCGUAAAAUUGAAGGAGUUACGCAGUCGAUGGUGGACAACAUGGUGAUGGACGAAGUUGCAGAGUUUGCUACAAACAGUCUGCUUGAUCCGCCGAGACCAAAACAAACCAUUAAGGAUCCAAAUGGACAAAAAUCCAAUCUGCUUCUAUCGAAUACAAGCACUAAUUUAGCUGCAACAGGGGGGCCAGCAGGUGGCACUUUACCACCACCGUCUGCUCCGCUUCCGCUGCAAUCCGUGCCAGCAAAUGCGACGAGCAACAAUGGAGCAGUCGGUUAUGUUCGUAAACGGAAAACAGAGGGCGAUCCCUCUGAGCAAGCCAAAGUUGUGCGAAUUAACAAGCCGGGUAAAAGGGGACCCAAGCCAGCGAAGCAGAUACGCGCAGAGAAGCUGUUACUGCAGCAAAAUCAACAAGCCAUUGAUGCAGCCGUUCAGAGCAUUCUUCCGGAGGUCGAAAAGAAAAAUGUCGAUCAACCCAUCAAGAAAACUCCACCUUCGCUAACCAAUUAUCAGAUUUCCAGUACUGGAGGAAACAGUUUGGAAAUACGCAGUACCACGAGCCCUCAAGUGGUAUCCGGUCUAGCCAGUUCUCCAAUUGUAUUGCCAAUGAUCAAACGGGAUACGACGGCACAGGCACCGUUACAUUCUGGUCCACGUGUUUCAUCUCCUCCGCAAGUCACAUCCAACAUUAAAGUUAUACCAGCAAAUCAAUUCAUUCAAUUGAAACCUUCUGGAUCGGCGCAAAAAUUCUUUACCAUCAAAUCAUCAACGAAGCCCGUCGUAUCCGUUAUACCGAAGCCGCAACCGUUAGUAUCAACUCCCACGUCGUUGGGGAAACAAAUGACAACCACUCCACCCCAGUCUCAACAGCAAUCUUUUAGUCCUACGAAAUUCACAAUCGUUCGUAGUACCGCUGGUUCUUCUACACCCUCUACUGGCUAUCCGUUAAAAACCACCAAAUCACCUCCCACCCCAGAUUUAUCAAACACAAAUAUCUUUGAUAUUCCAAUUGUGUUUGCGGAUAACGAAGGAAAUAUACCGGAUAGUUCUCCACAGCACAAAAGCAUGGAAAUUUUAAGAAAUCCGCCGAAUAUUGUAACAAUUUCACCGGCACUAACCAGUCCGCCAGCAAUGAAACCAGAACCACUGAACCGAAUCAUCACGCUGCAACCGUCUAUUAAACCGAACAAAGUGGUUGUUAUCAAUAAGAACAACAUGAAACAGGUUCCAGCCAAUGUUUUAUCGACAGUUGCUUCUGCUAAAGCUAGCACGGUUGCACCGGCCGGUGUAAAAUAUGCUAAGGUGGUGCUGUCAAAUCCGUUGAACAAAGCGACUAUCACACCGGUGUCCAACCCGGCGGUUCCCAAGAACCUAUCACAGAUUAUGGUCGGUGGAAAGGUGGAACUUCUCAACAGUACCAUCGUCAAACCUGCUUCUGCUACCACUUCCACUUCCGGUGCCAUACUUCAACCGCAAAAGUUUCAACCGAUCAUCAUCAAUGUAGAUCCAAGCAAAACUACAACCAUGAAAAAUUUUGUCCGCGUCGGUGAGACGCAAAUUCGCCCGAUCGGAACCAGCCUCACUCCUGCAACCUCCAUCACGAGUUCACCGGCAACGGUGACAAUUCGCAGCAGUAACUCAGCAGCUGCUCAACUUACGCCGGGAGUUCCAGGAACCAAUACUAUUCUGAUAAAAACAAAUUCUUUAUCACAGCUGGCAAGUGGUACCAGUCGGAAGCCUGCGAUUCUAAAUCGGAACAUUACGUUACGGAAGAUAAACCCGAUUGUGCAACCGUCUACGAGUAUGGGUACGACUAUUACAUCCAUGCCCAUCACAUCUACCACUGUAAAAACCAUUUCCACUGGGAGUCCAGCGAGUCAGCCGCAGCUUCAGAAACCCAAGCCACGUUGAGGUGAUUUAUUCUAGUAACACACUAUAUUUUUUGCUAAUGAAUAGUGGUA